AUGCAAAUCCCCCAUUUUAGUAUAUUUAAGGCACAGGCUCCAUCAUGUGAAGAUAUACCCAAGUGGUAUGGGAUUUCUGGUCCUAUCAGUGAGGAUUUUCCCAAUGAGGCUGACCUGAUGCAGACCAGAAAACUGUGUGACAGCCUCAAAUCAAAUGGUGUGUUUGAGGAUGCCUUGGAGCUGCAGCACAGAGAAAAGGUCUUGAAAAGACUGGAGUCCCUCUACAAGGAGUGGCUCACAGAACUGUGUGAAAAACAGAACUUACCUGAAUCUGUAACAGAGAAUGUUGGAGGCAAGAUCUUCCCAUUUGGCUCCUUUCAUCUGGGCGUGCACACUAAAGGUGCUGAUAUUGAUGCCCUCUGUGUUGGACCUGGAUUUGUUGAAAGAAAAGAAUUCUUCACCUCUUUCUUUGAGAAACUGAAAGCACAAGAGGAAGUUGAAGACAUACGGGCCAUUGAAGAGGCAUACGUCCCCGUUAUCAAACUGUCCUAUGAUGAAAUUGAGAUUGACUUGAUCUUUGCUCAGGUGCCAUUGAAAAGCAUUACUGAAAAUCUGGACCUCUGCAAUAACAAGCUGUUGAAGGGCAUAGACAAACGCUGUGUGAGGAGUCUCAAUGGCUACAGAGUUUCAGGGGAGAUCCUUAGCCUUGUGCCUAACGUCCACAACUUCCGACUCACUCUGAGAGCCAUUAAGCUGUGGGCUAAACGCUGUAACAUUUACUCCAACAUGCUCGGCUUUUUGGGGGGUGUAUCAUGGGCCAUACUGGUAGCCAGAAUCUGUCAGCUCUACCCACAUGCUACAGCAUCCACCCUGGUGUUGAAAUUCUUCAAGGUCUUCUCCAAAUGGGAGUGGCCAAUCCCUAUUCUCUUGAAAGAAGUAAAGGACUACCACUUUGGCUUUCCUGUUUGGGACCCUAGGGUUAAUGUGAGUGACUGCUGCCACCUGAUGCCAAUCAUCACCCCGGCGUACCCACAGCAGAACUCCACAGUCAACGUGAGUCCCUCGACCCUUGCCAUCAUGAAGGAGGAGAUGAAACGGGGCCAUGACAUAUGUGAAGAAGUACAGCAGAAAAAAGCACAGUGGUCCAAGCUAUUUGAAACUCCAGACUUUUUUGAGAAGUACCAGCAUUACAUUCUGUUGCAAGCAAGUGCGGCGACAGAGAAGCAGCAUCUUGAAUGGGUUGGCCUAGUCGAGUCUAAAAUCAGACUCCUGGUGGGAACUCUGGAGAGAAACGAGCACAUUUCUCUGGCCCAUGUUAAUCUACAUCCCUUCGCUGGAUCCAGGAAUGCCAAAAACAAGGAGGGGAGGAAGACAAAGUGGCUGAUUGCAAUCCUCUUUAAGGAGGUGUCUAAAAACCUGAAAAUAGACCUGACCUAUGACCUCCUGUCUUUCAGUGACACUGUCCAUAGUCAGGCAGAACGCUGCAAGAUAUAUGAGGAAGGGAUGACCAUAUCAGCCGCGUAUGUGAAAAGGGAAAAUCUUCACUGGGUGAUGCCUAAUGGCAAGCAAAAAAAGGUUUUCACACCAAAACCGACUCACACAGUGAGCAGUGAAACCUUGGCCACUGUGCCACCUAGUCACACACCACCUGUCAGCGCCGGCCAACAAGCCGCAGAGAGAAAAGCUUGGCCUCAGUCUGACAUGCCAGCUGAGAACCUUAAUGCUGACAAGGAAUCAGUGUCAGGGACGAGCAGCUCACCUUCUCAAGGGUCCACACCCAGCAAACCCUCCUCACCCUCCACGGUCCCACGGGCCACCAAGAGACCUUCUUCUCCACAUUCAGAAAAUCCAGCUAAGAAGCUCAAAGAAGAUAUGGAAUCAACUCCAGAGACCAAAGGCACCAGCACUAACAAGCCCACUACAGGUGUCUCACUCAGUGAAAGUCCAUCUCCCACCUUGAGCCCACCAAGUGCCAAGAGACCUGCCACUUCUGAGCCUGAGACGCCUGCCAAGAAGUCCAAAUUUGAUCUGAGUUCACCCACUGACGAACUGUCUGACAUGCCACCCGGCCCCACCGAGCCUCUUACUUCCAUGAAACGCACCAUCAAACUCAAGCUCAACAACCUAAAGGAUCUAUUUGAGGCCUUCGGACACCAUAAGCACAACAUGGAAGACCACCUGUUCCUCGAUGGCACCCUGCCACUGCUCUCUGUCUGCCUGCUGUGGAGGCUAGCUACCCACUGA